GCCCGCACCGAGAAGCUGAGCUCUGGGAAACGAGAGAAGAGUGGGGCUGUGAGGGAACCACCACUUCAGAACCCCCUGGCUGGCUGCCGGCGGCUGGGGAGAUGCUCCGGUGGCUGGCCACCGGCAGCCAGCCACCGGCAGCCAGCCACCGGCUGGGGAGAUGCUCCGGUGGCUGGCCACCGGCAGCCAGCCACCGGCAGCCAGCCACCGGCUGCCGGCGGCCGGAGGAUCUCUCCUGCUAGCAACUGCUGCCUGUGGCGGCCCACCGUUUCACCGCGGCGGGUUCUUGGUGUGGUGGAGCUGUCAGGGAUUACGGGAGCGAACUCGCCGCUGGCUGGCUCUUUUCCUCUUGGGUUUGCUCCCAAGAGGCGGCUCAGUCCCUCGGUGACAGCUUGUUGGAGCUCCCUCAGUUCUUCCUCCAUCUGCAGUCGGGCGAGCGCCAUCCCACUUCUGACACCAAUGUAGCACUGAGCGCGUCCUCUCCUGUCUUGCAUACCUGGAAGCAGGCCCAGAAACAGCUUGUUCUGAGGAGGGCUGGUGAGAAUGAAUUUUUCGAUCGCUGAAACUGAUGAUUUUGGGGCGAACAAACUUAAAUACUAUGUUUUUGGGCUUCUGAGACCUAUAUGACGUGACUGAAAAAUAGCAUAAUAUGGGACCUUUAAAUCUUCUUGUUGACAGCAAACAAAGCUUCAGAGGAUAAUUAUGUACUGUAUAUCUGAUGAAUAUAAAUAUAUACAACUUGGCACAAAUUACACUGAUAAUCAGCUAAGAGGCCUCCACCUGAAGUCUACAGAGCCACUGUAAGUAACAGAAUGUAGGUGGAAAUACUGCCAUCACCAAAAUCCCAUGAUAUGACAUUUCAGCUUGACACAGAGCUGCUCUUAUAAUUUGUUCACAAGAAGGAGGAAACGUCUUUUCUUAUCUGAACAUAAUUUUAAGGCAAGCAGCUUUUUGUAAACAAUAGCCGCUUUAGUUUUUCAAGGUGAUUCAAAGAGGAUUUUGGUCAUGAAUGAUGAGGUAAUGUGCCAGGUUCAGAAUCUCCUGCAUGUGGGAAAGUUAGUUAACCAUUAAAUAAGAAAUUCUGGACCACUCUUAAGAUAUUUCCUUACUUGCAAAUACCAAACCCCUCACACACACACACACACACACACACGCGCGCGACUGUAUGGGAGUGGAUUAUUGUUUCUCAUACACUAUAUCAAGCAAACAUGCAAAGUUUAAAUUAAAUAUCAGCCAUCUUUUCAUAGCAUGCACAUUGCUUGUAAUUUUACCUUUAAUAAGUUUCUCUCUAUAUAAUACAGAAGCACACUAUGUAUAGUUUGGAGUUCAUUUCCAUGUCGCUGUUGAUGUAAAUUUCUUCCAUAGCCAAAAGCAGAAGUUCAUCAGAGCUGCAAAUGAGAAACAGCAACUUCUCUUAUUACGGUGCCCUGUGGUUUAGAUGUAGUGGUACUUCUCUGUCUACAAGUCUGAUAGAAUUCAUAAGUGACUAUGCAAUGAUGGCAGAUGGAGAAGUUUGCUACGCUUCAGUUGUAUUCAGAACUAAUAACAAGCAACCCCGACAAGAAGGUAAGUUAAUUUUUUUUUUAAAUGUACAAUGCGAGAAAGAUACUAGAACUCAGGCUGUUGAUCUGCAACAGACUCUGCACCUUUGUUUACAACGCUGGUUAAAUCCAAGCCUUUAUCCUUUAAAUGUAUGUAGCAAUGCUUCACAAUGACAAUGUCCUCAACACUGAGACUUUACUUACAAAUUAAAAUCUUUUUACCAACUGUUAUAGACAAUGAUGUUCACCAUCAGCUACUUAAAGUACAGCACAGUCUCAGCCAAUUUGUUUAAAAAAAAAAAUCAAGAUGCAGUGUUGCAAUUAACAUCUUGUCUGAAAAUUGAUAAUAGAUUGUUAAAAGGGUUGAAGUUUUAUAUGCGUUGAAAAUUAAAAAUAGUCUUUCCAACAUACAGCAUGUCAGUUGGCCUCUUUUGUUUCCUUUUCUUUUUUUAUUUAUUCAACUCUGAAUGAAGAUUACUCAAUGAAAAAGCUUCCUGAAACUGGCUGGGAUGAAACUUAUUUCUUACAUACUUCUCCCUACAACAAAUUCAGACUUUCUUCCUUCCCUUGUGGUCUGACAUUAGGCAGAAAUCUUUAUCACCAUCUUAGAUUUUAACUGAUAAAUUUAAUGUCCUGUGAGUGUCUAUGAAGCAUCAUAAAGAUCUGAGAUACAGAAAUUUGUCAAUCUCAAGCAAAGUGCUGCUAUUUUAAUGAAUAAGACAGAAAGGAAGUCGUCUUUAAUUAAGGAUUACACAAUUUAAAAAAACUAAUCUUUUCACCUUUCAGCUCAAAAAGAAGAGGAAACUGUGUAUGAUGAAGUGAGAGUGGAAAAUCAAACAGCUGAACAAAAUCCUGAUGCGAACGGAUUCUUGCCAGACAAGAAAGCAGACAGGAGACGUCGCUGCUAUCAGCAGCUGGCUUGUAGUUUGGGGGUUCUAUGUGUAAUUUUGGUGUUGGGCAUCGUAGCCUUUGUCAUCUACACUUCUACUAUUUCAGCUUCUACUCCCACUUCUCAUAAUGAGAGUGAUGUAAGUCAGCUGAACCAGUUAAAAGAUAACCAAACGGCAUUAAUGGCUGUCAUUCGCAACCUGACAGAAAUCAACAACAUGCUCAGCUCAGACAAUGAGAACUUGAGAAGGAACCUCGACAACCUGACACAAGCCUAUGCUGUCUUAGAAAGGAACAUGACCAGCUUGACUACAGCAAACCAGAACCUCACAAUGAAAAUCGAGGAACUGAACACACAAAUCCAGGAGCUGGAGAAUGACCUGACACAACAAAUACAAAACUGGAAGAAGUUCAACACCAGUCGAGCUCAGUGGAGCAUUGAUGCCUACUGCCCGAUAAACAAAGAAAGUAACAAACGUCAGUGUGAACCCUGUCAGAAGGGCUGGGAUACAGACAAGUCCAUACAUGUCUGCUAUGCAAUUAAUAAUCCUACAGAACCUGAGAAGCUGAGAACCUGGGAAGAAGCUCAAGAAGACUGCAGUGGAAAGAAUUCAGAUUUAGCUGUUGUUGUUACUACAGCAGAAAAGAAAUUUGUUAAUAAAAAUUGUUGGAUUGAAAACAACCUUAAACAAUACUGGAUUGGCCUGAGAGCUGUAGACGGGAUAUGGAAGUGGAUCGAUGGAAGUAAUCUGACUGAAACCUCCUGGAUGUCUGGACAGUCUGCUGCUGAUGGUUCCUGUGCUGUUUCUAUCCAGAAUCAAGAAUGGAAAUCAGUGAACUGCACUGAGAAGAACCGCUGGAUCUGUCAAAAGAAAGCUUUGUCUGUUUAAAGACAGCAGUCAAACUUGAGAAGGUUUCUGAAUAGUUGGUAGAGAUUCAUUUCACAGAAGAUUGUAUGACCUGGGUCAUGAAUGUCAAAGCUGGAUGCUUAUUUAGAGGAAAGAGAAAGAAAUGUAUUUAAAGUCAUUUAUUUUCUAAAGCUGUUUGUGUAUGUGCUUACAGUGUUUGUGUGUGGAGGGAAAAAAAAGAUAAUUUCCAUUGUGUCAAUCUGCUGACAUCAGCACUGAGUAAAAUAAAGUAGCUAGCCUGUCAGGGCAAUCAAAUGUUGUUCAUCGUUAACUUUAACUUUGCUUUUUUUUUUUUUGUGCACUGCAAAAGACGCAAUUUGUCCAUCAGCACACUGAUAAAAUGCAGCAUUUUCCAUUGCUGCUGCUGUUUGGUCAACAGAGGGCGCUGCAUUGCUUCUAAAUAACAUGUUAUCAGGGUUUUUGUGUCAUUUAUAUCCAAUGUAAAGAGCAUUUUAAUGUAGAACAGGCAGCUGAUGCUAUAUAUCUAAUUACAAGCAAUGUUUUUGGUGAAAAAAAGUGUUGCCACAUGACUCGUUCUUGUUCACUGAAAAUGUCAAUAAGUCUUAAUGAAAUGAGAAAAAACUGCAGGAUUCUGUGAAAUGUUUAAUGAAGAUGAGGUGUAAAUAGAGCUGACCUCAGUGUGUUUGCUACAUUUGAGAAUCAUGAAUCGGUCACACUGUCAACAUCAGCACCAACAGAGCUCCAGAGAAGAACAGGAUGUAACAAACUGUCUGAUUUACAAAGAGGAAUAAUGGUUGUUAAAUGUGACUUCAGACUUUUUCAGUGUUGUGAUAAGAAGCACUGUUAAGUUGAAACUUGUUUCGGUCUAACUUACGUCAGAGAGAAGAUCAGUGGUUCAACUGUUAUCUUACAGCAAGAGGGUUCUGAAGCCUUUCUGUAUCGACUUUACAUGUUCUCCCUUGUUCACAUGACUGUCUGGUACAGGUCAGGUGAAUGUGUUUCCCUCCCUGUGUAACACCAAAGAUUUUUUCCUGUCAUUAAUGCAAUAAUACAGAUUGUUUGUAGUAAAAUU